UAGAUAUCGAAUGUAAAUAUAGAAGGUGUGUGUAAUUAUUGAAUGUUCAGGUAGAUUGAAUGGCUGCAGUGCUUUCAAAAGAGCUGAUACAAUGUUGAAGGCAAUGAAUGGCUGCAGAUGUGACUGAAGCUUUUUCCACCUACAGAAAUUUACAGACCCGUUUUCAUCAUCCAACCAAUGUUUCCUCUCAUGGUAGCUCAUCUAAUCUAUCAACAACCUCAGAUAGCACCGAAACCGGAUCUACAGGAGACUCAAAACAUACCGGGGAUUCUCGAUCGACUUUUGAAAUCGGAGAUGACGGCGACACUGUGCUCGGAGGCGAAAACAGUAUCAGUUCCCCGGAAAAUUGCGUCUAUUUCGUGACAAGCAAACCAGAAGGCAAGCUACUUUAUCUAGAUACCAAUUCAAAAGCUCUACAGGAAUUCCCAAACAUUCCAGAAGAUUCUAGUACUCGUGAGUCUGGUGGAUCUCUAAAUAUCAUAUCGUGUUGUCCACAGAAACAUUCCAUUUGGGCUCUGACGGACGAUGGAUCUGUUUACAUGUACCAGUUUCCGACCACUUCUAGAAUCAGACAUCAAGUACACACCUAUGAGAAUCAGAGAUACAGGCCAUUUAUGGGAGGAUGGACGUCGAAGUUACUGGCGCUUGACAGGUACCCGUGGAGCAGCAAAGGUGGUCAUAAGUCGCUUCCCAAAGACUCCUUCCGUCUCCUUAGUCCAGAUUGUUGGCAGUGGGAGGGAGCGUGGAAGUUGGCCGUGGUAGUCGACGGACAAGCCACCGAAAAAGAUGGCUGGCAGUUCGCAGGAAACUUCACCAGUGCUGCUUUUGGAGCUCAAGGAAUGCUGACUGCGGUUCGAAGGAGAAAAUGGGUUCGAUACAUGACCUUCUCCAAGUACAGCCAAUGGUUCAAAAUCGAACUGCCAUCUAAAAUUUCAACCUCAUAUCCGAUUCAGCCAGGCUCAAAUUCUUCUAAGAACUUCAAAAGGGAAGUUGUUUGUCUGUCUGUCGGUGGAUCCAGACUCAACGGAGCAGUUAAAGGUCAUCUGUCAGUUUGGGUUCUGACUUCAGAUAACCGACUUUUGUUUCGUGAAGGUGUUUGUGCCACGAGACCUGAAGGCAGUCACUGGCGUGUAGUCGAAUCCUUGAUUGAAUCUAUCAACCAAAUUACAGUAGGACCAUCUGGGGCGACUUGGAUUGUAACGUGGAAUGGGAAUCUGUUGGUCCGUAAAGAUGUCAACGCAAGGAGUCCCUGGGGAUCCAAGUGGAUAACUCUAGUGGCAAGCGAAGACAAAGUUGUCCCUAGGUUUCAGAGAGUGAGUCUUGGAGAGAAGAGUGCGUGGGCUAUCUCUGCUAAUGCCCAAAAGGUAUACUACUUGCCGAACAUCGAGGCUAAAUUCAUAGACUACAAGUGGAUACCAGUUGUAGGAGACAUGUUUGGAGUGUAUGUCGGCUUAAACAACCAAGUAUGGGCCGUGCCUCUUCUAGAAAGAUCUGGAAUAUUCUUCAGAGAUAAAGUGAACACGGAAGAAAUAUGCGGUCGUGGAUGGAAGAAAAUGGAAAUCGAUUUCAAUGACGUCAUUUCCUGUGGGUCCAAUGGAGAUAUUCAGCAAUCAUCAAACAGUAUCAUUAGUGAACGCACAACUUGUAAAAUUAGAGAGGUUUCGCCCACAUCCUUUGAGUGGGAUCCGGCUACAGCUUUCAGUUGCUUUUCGAAGUCUGCCAAAUUUAAUAUUCAGCCAAAUCUUCGCAAUGAAAUAGUGGCGAAACUUCUUUCCAUUAAAUUGAAACAAGAGGUUCCGUUUGCUUCUAAAACAGAGUACGUGAGAAAUCAAAUCGUGGAAUCUAAUGGCAGUGUAAUUGAGAAUAGAGAACGACUUAGCAGAGAGGUAUCUACAGAUAUUAUUCUCUCGAAAAAUAGGCUGAAAAUUGCAGAUACGUUCUCAAAAUGUCAAGUAUCAGUGAGAUCACAGAACGAUACAAACGAUGAGUUUCUCCAUUUCCAGUUUCAGGAAAAUGACGAAAAUUCUGCUUUUAUUGAAUUAUCCAAAAUAGUUUGCGUGAGACAGAAAAACGAUCUUGACAAUCCAACUUUGAUUAUUAAUUUCGUGCCUUAUACGACCAAUUCAGGUGUGUUUCAUGUUAUCUUUCAGACAUUCAAAGACUUAUUCUUGUGGGAAGAAGAUUUGAGGGUUUUCCUGGAGAUAUCCCAAAAACAAGCAAACUCAGAAAGUAGCAUAUCGCAUGAAAAGUUUGAAAAUCCAAUGUUUUUCAUUGAUAACUUGGGAAGUUCUUUCGUUCAUUUUCCUUUGAAAGACUUCACAAAAACUAUAACCUGGGAAGCGAUGGCUGGCCAUUGGUCGAAGAUAAUUUGUUUUGGUGAGCUGAUUUUUGGCCUAACAGAUGACAAAUCUGUUUGGGUAAUGGCAAACCAUGAACUGAAAAGAGACCAAAAUGGUUCUUUCACGGAAAACCAGACAGAUUCUAUUGCAGUGACGGUUUUUGAAAUAGAAACGUGGAACGUUGCUAUCGGAUACCGAGGAAAGUACUUUGAAUGCAUUCCCAAGACCUUCUGGAACGAAGGUAUGGCUUUAAAAAGACCGGAAUGCCUGAAAGAUCUAAGCUGCGUCCAGUUACCGAACACUCGAUGGGAAUGGAAUAGCGAAUGGUUUGUGGAUUAUUCAUUUGCUGAUCGAGAUGGAUGGUCCUACGGUUGGGACCUGGAGAACCCUGGAUGUUUUCAUGCCGUCCCUGCUAGAGGAGAUAUUUACAGAAGGCGGCUGCAUAAAAGAUUGUGUACAUUCAAGCAGAAAAGUGGUUGGCGAAUUCUUAAUAGAAAACCAGCGAUUGUAGAAAUGGCGGCUAGUAACAUGAAGAGCAAGCGAGGAACGUUACUGGACGAGUUAUCCCAGUCGAAAGUGUCUAAAUGCUUCUCGUCCAAAGAUUCAAUGUCAUCAUCUGAGCAUUCUAACAGUCAUGCUAACAGGUCCUCCUCGAACUUCUGGGCGUUGGACGAGGAUGGCAAUGUGUUCUGUGCUAUGUUUGACUAUGACAAGGUGGAUGGCAAUGUGAGCGGGGAGGAGAGAUGGGAUUGGAGUGAGUGCAUCAAGUGGAGACCAUUACUGCCGACACUGACCCAACAGGUGGACAACCAUCAGAUGAUGUCCAUCACGGCACUGGACUACUCGGGAGGGCAGAUGCUGGUGGGUUUGAGCAAUGACGGCAUCACUCUCAUCUUCUGUUACCGGGACUACUUCAACCCAGUCGAUGGACCCCCUGGCAUAGUGGAGCCCAAGAAGAGACACAAGAAGCUGCAGAGGGUCUGUGCAGGGGGCGACAGGUGCACUCUGCUGGUAAUAGACUGUUACAAUACCCUCUGGAUCAGAGAUGGAACCAGCUGGGAGUUCCCAGAAGGACAAAGCUGGUCCAAACUACUCAACAACGUCACUGAUGUCACUGUGGACUUGGACAACACCAUUUGGGUUAUCAUGUCAUCAUACGAUGGUCGCGAUGGAGUCAUGGCCCUACUCUAUAAUAUCUCAAGUGGUCAUAACUACUUGCAAUGCGCUCACCACAUGGUCGCAGCACCCAAAUUGAGCCUGAACAAGAAGUUUGAAUUGAGAAUUGUACUUGGUCCAAAUGUGAAGCAUAUUUCGAGUCAGUCUUUUACUUGCAACACAUAGUGACUUAAUUUUUCAGUUAUGAUUCAGAUGAAUUUUUCAUUUCACAAUUUCAAAAUCAAAUAAAAUGGUGCUGAGUUUUUCUAUUUUUAUUCUGCAAAAAUACUUAUGCCCAUCUAUUAUUUUCAUCUAGAAGCUCUUUAGAGCUGCUAUGUAUAAUUUUCGUUUUGAACUAUUAGACCUCUAAAUUGUUACCACUUAGAUUCAGGUUUGUUGUAGCUUUGUUGCUGUUUUGCAAUUAGUUUUGAUUCGUUCAACUUAUUAAUCAUCUACGGGCCGAACAAAGAAAAUUAAACACAUGUGAUUAUGAUUAUUUAAGCUUACUUAAUAU